GGCACAAAGAAGGAAGGGAACUUGUGGUUAGAAAAGAAAGUGUAUGAGUGGGUUGCCAAUCUGUCCCUAGGAGAGGAGGAGGUGGCGAUGUUAUAUGUCCCCAAGGAAGAACAGGAGGCGGUUAUAAGGGAAUUGGAAGCAGAAGAAGACCCCCUAAAACGUCAGACAAUCGAAGAAGAGAAGAAGUUAGAAUGGAAGUUGUGUCUGACCAGAGAGAAGAAGAAGAGGAUGGAGGAGGCAAGUAAGGCGGCGAAAGAACUGGAGUUGAAACAGCAAAGGGUGCAGAUGGAAGCACAGGCGGAUUUGCAAGGAAAAAUGGAAGUGAUGGCGAGGAAUAUAGAACGCUUGGCACAGGCUCAGGAGGAGAAAUACCAAUUUGGGAGGAGUCCGGACCUAGCCCUACGAUCAAUACGAUUGGGGUUUAGAGAAUUUGCACGCAAAAUGAUGAUGCACGUGGGCUCAGAAGUGCAGGCGAGGCUAGAGAGCACAGAGCGAUUCUGCACAGGUGCCAUAGAAGACGCAAAGCUAGCCGCACCAAGAGAGAAGGAAGCUCGUCCCCGUAGAGAGCCUGUUAAGGUGAAGUUCCCUGAUUCCUACAGUGGGAAGGAGGAGAACUUCGAUAAUUGGGAGGCAAAUGUGAACUCCUAUGUGCACUUGCAAAAGAUAUCUCCUGACGAGCAUGUCCUCAUAGCCUUCCAUGCUCUCAAGGACAAAGAAGCAAGCUUCGCCAGGUCGCUUUGUUGUGUUGCUAAGUGCGAUAACGAUAUGGUCGCCUAUUCUGCAAUCACUCCUCUCGGUGAGUUUUGCAAAUUAUUGCGUGAAAGGUUUGCAGAUAUCACACGAAGCGUUAGAGCCUCUGACAAACUGCAGACCAUUCAUUCCCGCCAAUGGAGGAGUGUCAGGGCACUCAAGGGUGUUAUGGAUGAGUUGGUCGCCGUUCCUGAUCAUGGGGUCACUGAGACCCAAUUAGUCAACCUAUUCUAUCGUGCCAUGCCUGAGCCUUUGCGCGGGCACUUCUUUGAGAAGAGCCAGGAGUCUACCAUGACCUACGAUACUCUGAGUAGGGAAGUGGUAGCGUUUGAACCGCGGUCCAUGCCAGUUUCCACCUUCUGGCAUAAGGACCUUGAUAAGGGCAAGAAGUGGAAAGGUCGUACCAUCUCGGGUCAGGUCAAGGGCAAGGAUGACAUGAUCCUUUAGAUAAGGGUGGUAUGGAACAGGUCCCCUAUGAUCAGAUAGAGUGGGGCCUAGAGGUAGAGGAUAGUGGCAAUAGUCAGGGGAGGACUUACGCUACUGUCGCGGCUGGAUGGAGGUCGCAGAGAAGAGGAGGAGGUCAGGGCCAAGGGGGUCAGGCUUCCAGUGGUCGAGGACAAGGCGAUCAGGGGGUUGGUGGUAGAGGAGGCCGCCAAGCGGGAGGUAGGGGUCAAGGUCCGCCGCAAAACCGCUCUCGUUUCAAUCAAUCACCUAGGAGGGGUGGAUGGCACCCUGAUCUGCCACAAGGCAGGCCUUGGGAAGAUUUGGGCUUGGAACAAACAAUAUGGCAGAGG